AUGGAUGAUUCAUUCCACGACGUCGAGAAGUCUGCUGCCCAUUAUUCUAGCCGAAAUUCGCCAGGAAUACUAAUCCGUGAGCUGGAUGAGAAUGGGUUUCUCAAUACCGUAUACGAAGGAACUUUCCCUGGUGACCUUACAUUACGAAGCGCCAAGGAAACUUCACAGAUCAGAUUUGGCGGAUCUGGUAUGGACUUGUUACAGCAGUUGAUCAAUGUAUUUCUUCCUACUGGUUACCCGCAUAGUGUAAGCCCGGAUUAUAUUGAUUAUCAAAUAUUUGACUCUAUUCAAGCAUUCUCUAGCUCGAUUGCAUCCCUGUUUGCUAACAGGGCUGUGCUCAAAGCUGUGGGUGUUGGGGACGAGUCUUCUAGUUCAACAUCUGCGCUAUUUAUGAAAAUUACACAAGAGACUGUUGGUAGACUCGGUACAAUUAUUUUUGCUUGGAAGCUGGGGAGCACUUUAGAGCCUGAGUGUAAGAAGUACCGUUAUGUUGCCGAUUUAGUAAAUGAUUCUGCUACUGUCUUUGACUGUUUAUCACCCCUGUUUCCUGGGAAUAGAAAUAUUAAAUUAUUUAUGCUUUGUAUGUCUGGGCUGUUACGAAGCAUCUGUGGCGUCAUGGCCGGUGGCUCGAGAGCUGCUUUAACACAGCAUUUUACGGAUCCAAAAAUAGGCAGUAUUGCCGACGUGAAUGCAAAAGAUCAAUCACAAGAAACAGUCAUCACACUUCUGGGUAUGUUGGCAGGAUCAGUUUUGGUUAAAUUGGUUCAGGGUGAGGGAAUUGAAAUGUGGAUUACUGUUACCCUUCUACUAUCGCUCCACUUAUUUACAAAUUAUAGAGCGGUUAGCAGCGUUGUCAUUAGAACAUUAAAUCGCCAAAGAGCCAAUAUAGUAUUCAGCGAUAUUGUCAAUUCACUACCAGAGCUUGAUCAGACUGUCAACGGUAAUGCCCAGGUGAGUGGUCCUGAUGAUACUGAAUUUGAAUCUAUUAAUAAAGCAGUCUCCCAUCUGCUAGUCACUCCUAGAAAAGCUUCAGCUCAAGAAAGGAUUCUUGAACCUGACGGGCUAUUGCGUUGGUAUUCUAGUUCCCGUACAAGUCAGCGUCGUGAAGAUGAAGUCAUUGGCAAGGCCGCAUUUGGUGGGUUCCAAUCGGUCGUUUCUGUGAUUCCAAAUUCUUUGUCUCUUGAUCAGGUAUUAGCAGCAUCCCAUUCUUCCGAAUCCGGCUACGUCUUGUAUUACGCAUUUAGCCACGGAUCUCGGCUUCCUUCUGUUUUUAUCUGUCUGCUCUCAAAUCGCAACAAAGAUAGCGACAUCCGGGCUUGGUGUCAUGCAUUGGUUCUUUGUCGGGGCCUGGUGUUGGGGGCUCAGGCUUCUACGCCAUUACAACCUAUUUAUGAUUCUUACGACACAGUAUCACAUAUCUUCGAUAAGUUAAACAUUCUUCCAGCACUUGGUUUGGCUGGCUGGGAUUUAGCGCGGUAUUGCGUUCAAAGUAAACCCGUUCCAACUAUCGUACUUGGAGAUAGUCUAUCGAUUGAGAAGUCCUAA